UAUGUGUGUUGGUAAACUGUGAGCCGUGAAGUAUAGCGAUAAAUUGACGUUAUCUAUGGUCUGAAGCGUCUGCUUGAACUGAUAUGGCGGUUUUAGGGAAGAAAUUUGGAGGGGGACCGCAUGGAUUAGGUGAUCCACUGGAUAGGUCAUUACGGAAUGUAGAGGUUGAGGUUCUGAUUCCAAAGAAGAUGCGAGAGAAAGCCAAAGAUGACAAAUGUGCUGAGGAGGUAAAAGCUUUCAAUGAAUGCUGCAAGAGUUCCAGCAUAUUUAUGGUUGUUACAUGUCGAAAGGAAAACACAGCUCUUAAGAACUGCCUAAUUCGCUGGUACCAAGAUGAAAAAUUCAAGAAUAGUUGUAAAGAAGAAUAUCUGGAUGAACGUAGUGAGUUCAGAAGAACUGGUAUUCCUAAGAAAGGUCAUGACAAGUAAAAACAUGUGUGGACAAGUUGGAUAAAUGUAUACACCUCAAGUUGUAACAAAACUUGUAAAUGUAACAAAAUUUUCCCUGCUAUUCUUCAUGUUCGUAGUUCUUGCAAAAAUAAACGUUAUUAUAUCUAACCUUACAA